UGAGUCUUCACGUGCUCUGCCACCCCCCAUCUAAACUCCGCUCCAGCUCCAGACUCCCUCCUCCUUCGUGUGUCUGCGCCUCUGCGGUCUGCGCCAGCCAUUGCGGCCGUUGCGAGGAGAGAGAGCUCGCACACACUGACUGACACGGCACAACUUCUCCUUCUCCUCCUUUCACCCCUGAAUCAAAUCAAGACGCACUGGCCUGGGUGAGUCGCCUCCCCUCGCCUCGCAUCACACUCUCCCCCCCUGGCGCGCCGCUCAUCCUGGACGCGCCCGGCGGUGGCAGGCGCACGGAUCGGCCCAUCUCCGGCGCGCGGCCACGGUGGCGUGAUUUGGAGCCCUCGCCCCGCCCCCAUUCGUCUCGCCAAGGGAGGAGGCGCGCGCACGCAACCGCGGCGAGAUCCGCCCGCUUCUCCGGCCGGCGUCUGACCUGACGGCCGGGUGGUCUCUCUCCGGUCGGCCACCGGCGGCAGCUGCAGGGUGGUGGUCGUGCCAUGAAAGGGGCUCAGGAUAGUAAACAGAAGAAGAAGCAGGACCUGCAGGUGUUGGCGCCCUUCCCUGGGUGCCUGGGGAGGGUGAUCAACAUGUUCGACCUUGGCAAUGGCGUCGUCGCUACCAAGAUGCUCACCGAGAAAGCGCACCGAGACGUUUCUCCGGUUGGUAAGGACCGGAGCGGCACCUUCAAGAUGGCAAGCAACCAAUUCCCAGCUCAGAUAGAAGAUAAACAAAGAGACAGCCAGUUAAGAAGGAACUCUCCAACUAAAAGAUCAAACUCACCCACCAACAGAUUUGGCAUGUCACCCGUCAAAAUGCUCAUGGAGCAGGACAUGUGGAAAGAGGGGGCUGUGCCUGAUGAUGAGCCACUCAAUGUUGUUGCAAGAUUGAUGGGUCUAAAUGACGCUCCGGUUCACCAGUCUGAUUUCAUAUCUGGAAGACGACCCAACAAGGAAUAUCAAUCAUGUGGUUUCGAAGAGAACAACCGAAAUGUCAAGCCAAAGAAGGAAAUCAAAUGCUUCCAAAACCAAAAGGCAGGAACACGGCAUGAUCACAUAUGGGGUGGUUUGAGUGAUCAACCUUUGAAAGUCAAUAGCAGCAAGAACAAUCACCAAGGAAAGGAGUCAUCUUGUGAGAAGAGAAUGUCCCUUGUCCGUGAAAAGUUUGCUGAAGCAAAACGUCUGGCUACAGACGAGAAGCUUCUUCAUUCAAAGGAGUUCCAAGAAGCACUGCAGUUUCUAAGCUCAAAUAAAGACAUGUUCCUGAAGUUCCUAGAUGAGCCAAGUCCGCUGUUAUCAAGCAGCAAUUAUGAUUUUCAACCUGUCACGCCACCUUCCGAACUAAAGCAAAUAACCAUACUGAAGCCAGCAGAAUCAAUGAAGAGAAAAGUCAACAUUCAUGCGGGGAGGCAGCUAUAUUCAGAUGCAAAUGAAAGUGAAGGCAACAAAUGCAGGCACCACCAGAGCUUAAAUGCCACCCCAGCAGAUUCAACUUUGUCUGAACCAACAAGAAUUGUAGUACUAAAGCCAGGACUUGCAAAGUCUCACGAAGCAAUGAUUCCUGUGUCUCCGUUAUCAUCAUCGGCAGAACCAGAUAGUGAAGAUGAUAGCAUGGUGGCAGUUGAUGAAAUAGUAUCCUCAAGAAGACUGGCCAAGGAGAUCACUUGGCAGAUGAGGAUGCGCUUAAAAGAAAGCCAGUAUGAGGAAAAUUCGGUCUCUUAUGAAUAUCAUGAUACUUAUGUUGAAGAUGACUCCUUGAGCAAGUCAGAGGCUGAGAAUGCAAAAGAAGUGUCUGGCGAAAUAAGUGAGGAUCUGGAGUUUGGUACUCCCACUUCUGGUCGUUCCUGGGAUUUCCUGAGCAGGAGUGGCAGUCCUUACUCUGCAUCAUGCUCUAGUCAGGCAUCACAUCGACGUGAACCAUCGGUGGUGAAGGAAGCCAAAAGAAGGAUUUUGGAGAGAUGGUCAGCGGUAUCGUCAACUGUCAGUGGUGAGGAAGACUGGGGAGCACGCAGAAGUACGGGAACACUAGGUGAGAUGCUCACUAUUCCCGAAGUGAAAAAAGACCAUGGAGAGUUUGAGGGAAUAACAUUGGAAGGCACAACAGUUGAGCUGGAUACUGAAGAGCCUUUCUUAUGUUUGCCGAGGUCGCGGUCUCUUCCAGUUUCUUUGUCUUAUGUAGGCAGUGAGUCAAAUAGAGGUGCCAUAACUUCCCAGGAAGCUGACAAUGAAAAAAGUAAGAAGUCAUCAUCAUUUAGGGAAAGGGUUUCCAGUCUGUUCUCUAAACAUAAAAAAUCAGCUCGGGAGAAGUUAGAUCCAUCUGGAAUUUCAUCUGCUAAUGAUAUGCUCAAGAAUGGAAGUGCUGUGACAAUUGGUGGUGGUAGUGAAGGCUCUAACCAUUUUACACUGGACAAUGUUGAUGAGAAUGCUAUGCAAAGACUCGUGGCUAGUUCUUGUCAUGCCAAUGAUGUGGCCAGCAUCUCCGCCAAGGAUAUAUCUCCCUUGCCAAGUCUUGGUGCCCUUGGAGUCCUCGGUGAAUCUCAAGGACAACCAAGCCCUGUGUCUGUACUGGAUUUGGAUGGACCAUUCCUCUGUGAUAAUAAUAGGAGGCUACUGUACUCAUCUGAAAAUUUCAUCACUUCAUCCCCACAGGCCUUGUCCAGGUCACCUCUUAUCGGAUCAUUUUCGAGAUCCCUGUCAUGGGAAGAUCCUCCAUCGGAAGUCAUGUCACCAAAUUCUUUGCGACUAUCAAGGCUUUUCUCUAAGGCUGAUGAAGACCAAGACUCCUUGACAUUUAUCCAAAAGUUGGUUUCUUUUGCUGGCAUGGAUAGAGAAGGUUGUAUAUUAUCCAGCCCUCUGGACCCAAAGUUGCUUGACAAGCUAUCAGAUUACCAAGGAGAGGGAAUUAAGCUGAGGGAAAGACGGUCAAAAGAGAGGCUUCUCUUUGAUGCUGUCAAUGAAGCACUCGCUGAGCUUACUCGGACAACAGAAUUGGCUGCUUACCCAUGGGGCCGGGCUUGUUGUUCGGCACGUAAAGAUUGCGAGGAUGAUUUCUGUAACUCGGCGGCUGAUGAAAUUUGGCGAGUCAUAAGGAACUGGUCAAUACUUGAAAAGUAUCCACCUGGCGAAAUUAUUGAACGAAACCUGCUGGUGGACAUGAUCCUUAAGAGGGAGGUGGUGGAGACCGCCAUUGCUGACACAACGCGGUUGGAGACGUUUGAACUCAACAUGAUGGUUUGUGAGGUGAUUUUGGAGGACCUGCUUGAAGAGGCACUUGUAGAUCUGACUAACAACACCUAGUGAGGUAUCUCCACCCUAACUAUUAAUUUUGCCUCUCCCUCCCUAAUGUUGCUAUUCACGUGAUGCUUGCUGCUGUAACACUGCCCUAUUUACCAUGUUGCCGCAGAAAAUGUGGUGCCACCAAGUGUGCCUUUGCCUGAUAUAUCCUCUCUUUUUUCUGACAUAGAGGCACUCCUGUAAUUAGCUGAUUGUUUUCACCAAAUAAAGUAUGUUACUGUUGAGCUUA